GGCGCGCCCGCAGGUACGCGGGGUCGCCAAGGGUCGCCGUGGCGGGCGCUGGGCGGCCUCGCGCGCUUUGGGCCACCGGUAGCGGGCCGGGGGCGAUUCAGGCUCUCCGUGUCUUGGUGUGUGUGAAGAGAAAAGGGUUGAGGAGCUGUUGAAGACGGUGGGGAUGCUCUAGUGAAAGACCGAGUGCUGACGCCACUUCCAGAGGAUUGGGACUAACCCACAACGUGAACACUAUGGAUCAGAACAGCAGCCUGCCGCCAUACGCCCAGGGCCUGGCCUCCCCGCAGGCCGCCCUGACUCCUGGGAUCCCCAUCUUCAGCCCCAUGAUGCCCUACGGCACGGGCCUGACGCCCCAGCCCAUCCAGAGCACCAACAGCCUGUCGAUCCUGGAGGAGCAGCAGCGGCAGCAGCAGCAGCAGCAGCAACAGCAGCAGCAGCAGCAGCAGCAGCAGGCGGCAGCCACGGCGGCUCCGCAGUCCACAUCCCAGCAGCCCACGCAGGCGGCCUCGGGGCAGACGCCGCAGCUCUUCCACUCACAGACUCUGACCACCGCGCCUUUGCCGGGCACCACUCCCCUCUACCCCUCCCCAAUGACCCCCAUGACCCCCAUCACGCCCGCCACGCCUGCCUCGGAGAGCUCCGGGAUCCUGCCGCAGCUGCAAAACAUUGUGUCCACAGUGAACCUGGGUUGUAAACUUGACCUGAAAACCAUUGCACUUCGAGCCCGGAAUGCUGAGUACAAUCCCAAGCGGUUUGCUGCUGUCAUCAUGAGGAUACGGGAGCCCCGGACCACUGCGCUGAUAUUCAGUUCUGGGAAGAUGGUGUGCACGGGAGCCAAGAGUGAAGACCAGUCUAGACUAGCUGCAAGAAAAUAUGCCCGAGUCGUGCAGAAGUUGGGCUUUCCCGCCAAGUUCCUGGACUUCAAGAUUCAGAACAUGGUGGGGAGUUGUGAUGUGAAGUUUCCCAUCAGGUUAGAAGGCCUUGUGCUGACCCACCAGCAGUUCAGUAGUUAUGAACCAGAGUUAUUUCCUGGCUUAAUUUAUAGAAUGAUCAAGCCCAGAAUUGUCCUCCUUAUUUUUGUUUCUGGAAAAGUCGUGUUAACAGGUGCUAAGGUCCGAGCAGAGAUCUACGAGGCGUUUGAGAACAUCUACCCCAUUCUGAAGGGGUUCAGGAAGACCACGUAAUGGCCGUCUCCACUCUGCCUCCCUGCCCCGCUAGUUCUUUCUGUUAGUUCUUGUUUUUCAACCAGUCAGUCUUGGUACUUUGACACGGUGGUGUUGUGGAGAGACGGACACUUGGUCGUGGGCGCGUGGCCUCUGGGGAUGCCAGGAGGGACACCUGUGGGGACGGAAAGACUUGGCGGCUGCACGGGCCCGCUGCCGCCCGCCCCGCUAUUUAUCAGGAGAUCUUGGGCCUUUUCUGCUGUUGACAAGCUGGUCUAGGGGAUUUUUAGUGUUCAAGCCACCUCUGCGAUUGAUUGUACUUUUAUUAUUUUAACCCUCCCCAAACCCACCGUUUUUAUAUUUCUACCAGAAAAGUUACAGAAAAAAAUCUUUUUUAAUAGUGUUGUUUUCUAAUUUGUAACUCCUAGGGGUUAUUUUUGUGCCAGAUACAUUCCACCUUUUCAGUAUUGAAGAACAGAUGUAUUAAUGAGAACGAAUGUCUGUACAUACUUCUCUCUCUUCGGAGUGCUCUGUACAAUAAAGGCUGUUUAUACGAGUAUGA